AUUGAUACCAGCUCUUCCUCCCUGCCCCGGAAAGAGACUGCAGUUUUGAAAUCAGGUAGCUACAAUGCGCAGCUAGAUGAAGCCUGUCUGAACUUCUGGUACCAGCUAGGAGGAGAAGAUCCUGGAACACUGACUGUGUCCAUUGAAGAGGAUACUGGAAAAAAGAAAGUUAAUAGACAGUUACUGAGUAUCAGUGAGAAACACCAAGAAAGCUGGCACCACAAAAGCCUGGCACUCCAGGCUGAGAGACCCUGGGUGCUCUUGUUUGAAGCAGUGGGUGCUGGUGGAGAUCGUUCUUAUGUUGCUGUGGAUGAUAUUCACAUAAGACAUCACCGUUGUCAUGAAGCAGUAUCAUGUGACUUUGAAUGGGGAUCAUGUGCUUGGACCACCUUCGGAUUCCCUUAAUGGACACCUAUGAUUGGGACUGGACGUAUGGGAAAGCUCUAGAAAGACCUAACUCAGCUCCAGAGAAAGACCACAGUCCUGGCACACCAGAAGGACACUAUGCCUUUGUAGACACUGGUGCAAUGCAUGCAGAGGGAACCUCAGCCUGGCUGAUCAGUGAGCAUCUGUCAGCUACUAGUGGAUCCUGCUUUCGUUUCUGGUACCGUACGGACGCCCAGGACCAUCUCCAUCUGGCGGAGCUGGUUUUGUAUAUCACCAGCACACAGGGGCUG